UCCAACAUACAACAAAGAUCAUUACUCCUAUCAUCUUUAACCAGAUACAUGAGCACUAUUUGCAAACUGAAUCAUAUCAAAUGGAGACGCAUUCCGAUACUAGGGACAAUGACAUGAUUGGCUAGCUCACAUAUAGAAUGGAGUAUGGUGAGCAUAAUGACGAGCGUGUCAUUCUCGUCAAUAUUUCUACGAGGACGCUAGUAUGCGAAUGCAGGAUGUUUAGGACUUUCGGGGUGUUAUGAGGCCACAUGAUUAAGGUGAUGCGUUUGCUUGGAGAUUUUGGGAAUGCUAGUUUGAGGAGUAUUCCAGAGCAUUACAUAUUCAAGCGAUGGACGUUGGAGGCGAGAAAGAAAGAGGUUGUUGAUGUCGAUUGUUCAGUUGGUCCUUCAGUUGCCGCCAGUGAGAAUGAUGUACUCAACAAGUUGAUGGGAGCAUUCAAGAAAGUAUGCAAUGAGGCAAACAAGGCAUUGUCAAAGACUAUAAUUAGCAAGGACAGACAGUCUGUACCGAUAAGUGUGUUGACUUUGAAGGAGAAGAGUAAUUCAAGGAGCCACGACAAGGAACGUUAUCAGUUUGAGAAUGAAAAAGAACAUCGUCAAAAGAAACCUGUCUAUAGGAAGAGACUGAAAUCAGUCGAAGUGCUCACGCUGGACAACAAUCAUCAACUGGAUGACCAUCUUAGUGAUUUGGAAGAUGAUAUUGCGGAAAUGGUUCAAUGAUAGACAAAUAUUAGUUUAUGUAAUCAGAUAUUAUUCUGGUUGGUAUGGAUAUUUGUUUUUUAUGAACAUAUGAUAUAUAUAUAAUGGACGGAUAUUAGUAUGUACCUAUCGGAUACUAUUGUGAUAUCUCAAGAUAUAACUUUACGACGUUUGGAUAUUUAUAUUUUUUCAGUCUAUAUUAGCAUGGGUUAUCUUGAUAUUAUUUUGUAUCUUCCAUGAAAUAAACAAGUCAUUCAACG